CAUAAACGUUCACUAAAGAUUGAAAAUACCUGCCUUUCAAAUUCAAUCCAUACCAAAGAGAAUAUCCAUGGAAGAGCAGCCAAGUGAACUCACCGCAACUGUAACCUCACUUCCUUAGCCAAGAAUGAAGGAUUUUGUCGUCAUCCUUGGCAGUUCCUCCAUUUCCAGCCCUCCAACUCCCACCAAUCUCCACCACCAUCACCGCCACCGCUCUUCAUCCAAGAAAACCAACUCUUCUUUCCGCAAGCUUUCUCCUUCAAGAAAACAAUGCCAUCCCGUCUCUCCUUCAAUCUCCACCGUCCACUCUCAUCAACACCCUUACCCUCUCCUCUCCUCCACCGCCCGAUGGAACCACGCUUCACGCCGCGACUCCCCGCUCAAGUACUACGCCGACCUCGCUUCGAAGCUGGCGGAGGAUGGCCGUCUCGAGGACUUUUCGAUGACGGUGGAGAUGGUCGUUGCUUCGGGGGUUAAUGCUUCGCGUUUCGCUUCUAUGUUGAGUGUUGAGCUUGUUUCUAAAGGGAUUGCUUCGAGUGUUCAAGAAGGGAAAGUUAAAAGUGUUGUUCAAGUGUUGAGGAAAGUUGAGAAGCUUGGGGUUGCUCCUCUGAAGUUGGUUAAUGAGUUUGGUUUGGAUUCGUUGAAAAGGGAGUUUCAAAGGAUUUUGGGUUCUGGCGAAGUGGAGGAAGCUGUUGAUUUGUUGGAGGCUCUAAGAGGUUUUCAGUUCACAAUCAAGGAACUAGUGAAUCCAUCUUACAUUGUAAAAAUCUGUGUUGAUAAACGAAACCCAAACCUGGCAAUAAGGUAUUCUUGCCUGCUGCCACAUGCCCAUAUGUUGUUCUGUAGCAUUAUAUGCGAAUUUGGAAAGAAGAGGGAUUUGGCAUCUGCAUUGACAGCAUAUGAAGCGUCCAAGAAGAACUUGAGUGGUCCUAAUAUGUAUCUCUACCGUGCAAUAAUUGACACUUGUGGUCUUUGUGGUGAUUACAUGAAAUCUAGAAAUAUUUACAAGCAGGACUUAGUCAAUCAAAGGGUCACUCCAAAUAUAUAUGUAUUCAACAGUCUCAUGAACGUCAAUGCUCAUGAUCUGGGAUACACAUUAGAUCUUUACAAGGACAUGCAAAAUCUUGGUAUCACAGCAGAUAUGGCAUCUUAUAACAUCCUUUUAAAGGCAUGCUGUCUUGCUCACAGAGUUGAUUUGGCCCAAGAUAUAUACAACGAAGUAAAGGAUCUGGAGUCAACAGGAGUGCUGAAGUUGGAUGUCUUUACUUAUUGCACAAUCAUUAAGAUCUUUGCAGAUGCAAGGUUAUGGCAAAUGACACUGAAGAUUAAAGAAGAUAUGCUCUCAACUGGGGUUACCCCUAAUACAGUUACAUGGUCAUCAUUGAUCAAUGCAUCUGCCCAUGCAGGUCUAGUUGUGCAGGCAUUUCAAUUAUUUGAAGAGAUGAUUCUCUCUGGAUGUGAACCUAAUUCACAAUGCUGCAAUGUUCUUCUACAUGCUUGUGUUGAGGCUAGCCAGUAUGACCGAGCUUUUCGCCUUUUCCGCUCCUGGACAGGAAGCCAGGAGGGUAAUAUAGAUAGUAUGUUAAGUAAAAAACAAGUAAACAGCGUAUCUUCAGUUUCUACUACAUCAAACUACAUAACUACUUUGCAUAAUCCGAGUUCCGUAAAGAAGUUUUCUUUCAAACCUACUACAGCAACAUAUAAUAUUUUAAUGAAGGCAUGUGGUACUGACUACUAUCAUGCAAAAGCUUUAAUGAAUGAGAUGAAGUCUCUUGGCCUUUCACCUAAUCAUGUAAGCUGGACGAUUUUGAUCGAUAUAUGUGGAGGUUCAGGCAAUGUUGAAGGUGCAAUUCAGAUCUUGAAAACCAUGCAUGUGACUGGAAUUAAACCGGAUGUUGUUGCAUACACAACAGCAAUCAAGGUUUGUGUGGAAAGCAAACGGUUGAAGUUAGCUUUUUCGUUAUUUGAAGAAAUGAAGAGAUAUAGUGUUCAACCUAAUUUGGUGACGUAUAAUACACUUUUAAGAGCCCGUAGCAAAUAUGGUUCCUUGCAUGAAGUACAACAGUGCCUUGCUGUAUAUCAGGAAAUGCGGAAAGCGGGGUACAAAUCCAAUGACAUUUAUCUCAAGGAACUCAUUGAAGAAUGGUGUGAAGGUGUAAUAAACGAAAAUAACCAGAAACAAGAAGGGUUAAGUUCCUGCAAAAGAACUGACCUAGAGAGACCUCACAGUCUACUGCUUGAAAAGAUUGCAGUGCACCUGCAGAUGAGCACGGCAGAAAGCCCAGCAGUUGACCUUCGUGGACUUACAAAGGUUGAAGCUCGGAUAGUUGUUCUUGCUGUUUUACGAAUGAUCAAAGAGAACUACGUCCAAGGGCAUUCAGUAAGAGAUGAUAUGUUGAUAAUCUUAGGAGUCAGUGAAAAGCGUGAGGAAGCAGCCAAUGUAAUAUCUGGGGUGAAAGAUGCAGCAAUGAAACUUCUGCAGGAUGAAUUGGGGCUUGAGGUACUCUUGGUUGAACCUCAAGUUAAAAAGGAUGGAUGGGUAGAUUUGCAGACUCCUGGUGCAAAUACAGUUUUAUUGGAAAAAGCUGGAAAGAACAGUUUAUCAUCAAAGCCCUUAUCUUCUACCAGGAGACCUGUGAUUUUGCAAAGGUUAAAGGUUCUGAGGAAAUCUUUGAACCACUGGCUCCAAAAAAGGACAGAUGUUAUUAGAAGGUGAGGUGUCUAUAUAUAAAACUCAAUUUUGUGCAUUGUUUUUUAUAUAGUAAUAAUUAUUUAAAUACAGAUAUAAAAGAGAAUAAGAGAGUGAACUGUAGGAGUGUCAAGAUUAAAGAUGAGGUCAACUGUAUAGUUGUACUGACCAUAUUUAACUCGAAUGUGAUGAAAUAAAAUGGAGGUCAUUUCAUUUGUA